AUAUCAAAACGUUGGGAUGGUCUCAUGGUCCCAUGGAGAAUUCCUUUCCUUUUUCGGGCAUGGCCCAUCCGCAGUUGGCCGCAACAGACCAGCGGUCCAGAUUACAGAGCAGCAGGGCCCACCUGAUCAAAACGAAAACCCGUGCAUAAAACUGUUUACUGUUCAGAUCCUCGGGUCGCACUUACUCUCGCUCGCCUCCACCCAAAUCUCAGAGCCAAAAGAAAAGAAAAGCCCUUUAAAUGCCAGAAAACUCUCCCUCCCUCCGCCGCAACGCCCAAACUGCACCAAUCAGACGGUCCGGAUGGAGGAUCCGUGCUUCGUCUACGAAACCCUAGCUCCUCUCUCCACCUCCGCCGAUUCCAACCCAGACCCGUCCGAGUCGUACUCAGUCAUCCGCAGCCACAUCUCCGCUCCCUCCUCCCUCUGCCCUCAAACCGCCGCUCCCGACUACUUCUCUCUCGACUCGGUGCCCGACUCAGUUCCGAUACUCGACUCACCUCUCCCGCCCUCUGAACCCGGCCCGUCUUCCCAGGAAGACCCGUCUUUGGAGCGCGCCUGGUUCCGUGCAGACUGCCGCUUCAAGAGCCCCAUGCUCCAGCUCCACAAAGAGAUAUUCGAUUUCUGCGAGUUUGUAUCUCCGACUCAAGAAGAGCAAACGCAGCGGGCUGCGGCGGUGCAACGUGUCUUCGAGGUUGUCCGAUAUAUAUGGCCGCAUUGUCAGGUGGAAGUGUUUGGAUCGUUUAAGACCGGCCUCUAUCUUCCUACAAGCGAUAUUGAUGUUGUGAUUUUGGAGUCAAAGGUCAGAACUCCUCAAAUUGGCCUGCAUGCUCUUUCCAGGGCAUUAUCACAAAGAAGCAUUGCCAAAAAGAUACAGGUUAUUGCGAAGGCCCGUGUGCCAAUUAUCAAGUUUAUUGAGAAGGGUAGUGGUGUUGCUUUUGAUAUCAGUUUUGAUGUGCACAAUGGACCAAAAGCUGCUGAGUUUAUUAAGGAUGCUGUGUUUAAGAUACCUCCGCUCAGGCCCUUGUGUUUGAUACUGAAGGUCUUUCUACAGCAGAGAGAACUCAAUGAGGUGUAUUCUGGGGGAAUCGGUUCUUAUGCUCUCCUUACAAUGCUGAUGGCACAUUUGCAGAUGCAUUGGAGAGGACAUGAUUUCAAGGGGUACCAAACUUCUCCAGAGCAUAACCUGGGGAUUCUUUUGGUCAACUUCCUUGACUUUUAUGGACGAAAACUGAACACGUGGGAUGUUGGUGUAUCUUGUAAAGCAUCAGGCACUCUUUUCUCAAAAACUAAAAAAGGAUUUAUGAAGACCGAACGUCCAUUUCUCCUUUCUAUAGAAGAUCCACAGGCUCCAGAGAAUGACAUUGGGAGGAAUUCCUUCAACUAUUUCCAGAUAAGAUCGGCAUUUUCAAUGGCCUACUCUUUGCUGACAGAUGCAAAAACCAUAAUGGCUUUGGGCCCAAACAGGAGCAUUCUUGGGACCAUAAUCCGACCUGACCCAGUACUGUUAGAACGGAAAGGUGGAUGCAAUGGAGACAUGACUUUUGAUAUCUUGCUUCCAGGGUCAGGCCAACCCUUGCAGCGAGGGGAUGAGGAUGAGAUCCAAUGUAAUUGGCAGUUGUUUGAUGAUGAACCACUGCCAAGGGAGAAGGUGAUCAUUGCAGAUGACAGGGCACUGUCUCGAAAGAGGAGGGCGUUAAAACCAAAGCAUAGAGGUGAUGCUUUGGAAAAUGGAGAGGCAACAAAAAUCAGGAAUGAAGAAGAUGUUGGGAGGAGAGAUUCAGGGAUGAAGAAACAGCGCCGAAAAGGAUUCAUAGAUGCAGAGGAUAGAUACACUGGCAGCAGUCAUCGUAGUAAUCACGGUGGUUGGCAUCCUUGGCAUCACAGUCGUUAGAUUUUGUUGGGGUACUGAAUCUGCGAUGCAUUUAACUGCUAAAAUUCAUGUUACCAUAGGUACAUGUAUCAUGAGAAAUAUGGGUCAAUGCUCAAUAUGUAGACCCAUUUACAAAUAGGCACAAGAGCCGUCAAAAUCACUCAUCUUUCUUCAGUGGCAGUUUAAUGGAUACAGUUUUCAUGUGGACUGUGGUAUGGUCCAAACCCCGAUAUUUUGACACGUAGAUUGUAACAUUAUGAUUUAUUUUUGGUUAUUGCCAUAAAAUUUUUUGUUUUAUUUGUUUUAUUUUUAAAUAUUUUGUUCUGUAAAACUAUCAUAUAAAAAGUUGAAUGUUGUGUUACAUUUGAUCUCAAUAUUGAACUGUUUUGGAUCC